AUGUGGAAAAGUACUUGUUCAACAGAGACAGGCAACCGCUACACCAACAAGUGGUCGAUACACGAAAUUUUUCCCGAGGGUGUUCUCGCCAAGGAUGGACGCCUGCAGCCUGGCGACCGUAUCAUCGCCGUCAACCAUAAGCGCCUCUGCAACAUGUCCUUCGAGGACGCCGUCAACACCAUCGCUCACGCCUUCUCCGGUAUUCAACCCAUUGCCAGCGAUGCAGAUCUAGCUACCUUAGCCGCCAAGACAGCGACC